AUGGCGUUGUUUGGGAAGAACCGUUAUUCUCGAAAUACAGGUGCUAGUGCUGCUGCAUAUACUCCUAAAAAGAGCUUUGGACAAAGGAUAAAAGAUAUGGUUCUGCCGAAAGGAAAACGAAAAGCCGUAGACCCGAUUGCGCCGACUAGUUUUCGAGUAUUAAGAUCGAGACCCUACGGGACGAAAUAUACACCUGGGCUCGACACGACACCGGUGGCAGCGGUAGUAACUGCUACUCCAGUAACUGUUACACCUGCUCCCACGCCUGCAGCAUCGGCGGCAUUGGCCGCCAGUGGUUCUUCUUCUGGCGACACUAAGAAAACUGCAACAGAGGCGCAGAAGCUGAAACAGCUUGAAGAAACCACAAAAAACAUACCGAGAUACCUAUUCCGCGCCUGUUCUCCAACAUCUGGGGGCGGCCUUAAAGGUCUUAACACCAUCAAUGGCGUCUUCCCACACGCUUUCGUCGAUACCAACGGCGUACGGCUCCCCAAUGGCGGUAACAAAUCAAUCCACGAUAUCCCUUAUCAAGUAACCCGACGCAUGGCCGUCGGUCACUUAUCCGGCCAACGACCGGCCCGUACAGAUCCCACCUACUCACAAUUCUCGUCAUGGGCGGCUACAUUGGCGUUAGUGUUGCAGUAUGGGUAUAGUAGAGCUUCCCAGGGGGGCUUAAUCUGUGUGUUAGACCGGUAUAAUCUUCCCAAACAUACGAAGGUUUACCAUUGCCCGGAUAUGAUGAAGGCAGGGUUAUGUGAUAGUCCGUAUGACCAUGAGUAUCUUGUUCAUGGGCCAGUAGAAGGGCCGGGGUUUAAAGCUGUUACUGUGCAAUCGCUUCUUGAUAUGGGAUUAUACACCGAGAUACCCUGUGUACAACCGCAUUCGGCGAGGUAUUGGUGGGGCCCCAUUCCUCAACGAGAUUGGGAGUCUUUAUUCCCAGCCAAGGAGUUUUCACAAAAGCAAGUGAAAGCUUUACGAAAUAUUGCAAAUGAGUUUGGGAAGGAUUUUGCGUUACCGGUUUUGGCGGCUUUGGUAACGUUGGAUAGAAGAAAGUUGGAUAAGAACGGGAAGUUUGGGGAUAAAGACUUAAAGAUAUUUGCGGAUGUAGUGGAAGAUUUAUAUAUUCCUGAGGAAUACGGAACUGAGAAGAGUAUUGUGCAGCCGGACGGGGUGUAUGUACAGGGAUAUCCUAUGGUUGCGCAACUUGUGGGGCUCUUAAAACAGCUUGUUGAAUACAAUUAUGGGAGAGGGGUGAGGGCCAGGAGGAGGAUCGAGGUAGAAGACUUAUCGGCUGAGCUGGGUGCUUUGGGCCUGCCGGGGAAAAAAAGCUUGGAUAUGGGGGAAAAGGCUGGGAGGUUGAGCACAAGUUUCGCAUUUGGGGUCAGUGAUGUUCCAGUUGCAGUGGUGGCCUGA